UUUUUUAAGAGCAGAGGAGCAUCAGCUUUCUCAGGAAAAUCAAACGCCAAGAAAAUCUCUCUCCCUCUCUCUCUCCCCCUCGCUCUCUACAGAAAAGAUCGAGGUUCCCCCGAAUCUCCUUCCAGAUUGAUUUCGGGUCCGAUCGGAUCACCUCUCAGGAAUAGAAAGUCGUGUUUUUUCCUCCGUUCCCGUCCUCGAUCGGUCGUCCUUUCGGUGUGAUGCCCCGAAUUGUUCAUACGAACUUCUACUUCAUGUUUGAGUUUGUCCACAUCGAUUCAUUUUCUCGGGAAAGCUCUGCGUGCAAGCUCUCGAAUCCAAACUCCUUUACGCUUGACCCUAUUUCGCUCGUAAAAUAACGGUCGCGGAGGGGAACCGCCGGUUUUUCCUGGAAAAGCUGACGGAUUUUCCAGGAAUACUGUCGAUCUCGGGAGGGGAGCGUACUCCGGCCGUGCUGAUCGCUCGGGAUUUUUUCUGGGAACGAAAAAUUUUAGAUUCGUUUUGGUGCGAUUUGAUCUGGGUAGAACUCGGUCAGCUCUAAUUUUUUUUUUAGUGAUCGAUUAGAAUACGAAGCUCGACGUCGGAGUUUGAUGAUUUUGAUCUGAAACCCUACGGGAGCUGAAAUUGAGCUCGCCAGCGCAAUGGCCGGCCCGACGAUCGCUCUGUACGCGAGCCCGCCGAGGGUGUGCUCCGCCGCGCACCAGAUCAACGCGCACGUCUCCUGCGAUCUCGAAUUGAGCUACAGGUCGUCGCAGGCCACUUCGUCGGCGGCGCCUUCAUGUUCUUCGUCACCGUCGCAGAAGAUUGUCGGCGGCCUCUCGUGUCUCUUCUCAUCGCCCUGCGUCAAGCAAGGUUCCAGCUCUAGCUUCUCUGGUGGAGGAGAAGAAUUGGGGCAAUUAUGGCACGAUAAAAGCGACGAAUUCAGAGAAUUUAGCGGCUCUUUCCGUUAUUCUCCGAGUAAAUUCAUGGGUUCAUUGAAGAGGGAUCAUCAGAGUCCGGUUUCGGUUCUUCAGGGUCCGGUCUUGUGUGGAAAUGGGUCGAUAAAGAGUCCUCCCACAAGGAUUCCGCGAGAAGUUAGAGGUGGGUCGAGAGUUAUGUAUGAUGGUUUUGUUAGGAAUGCAUUGGGCUCUUGUGUGGACUAUGAUUCUAAUACUUUUGAGUUGAGAGAUGCCGUUGAUGUGGAGGAGUUGCCAUUCAAUUUGGAGGAGAAUUCAUUGGAACUUGAUGCUGAGCCUUAUGUGAAGGAGUUAUUGGUGAGUGCACAGUCAAGGCACAAGAUCUUCGGUGAAGAUUUCGUGGUGAAGGCUUUCUACGAGGCUGAGAAGGCACACCGAGGGCAGAUGCGCGCGAGUGGUGAUCCAUAUUUGCAGCACUGCGUGGAGACUGCAGUGUUAUUGGCACUGAUUGGCGCUAAUUCUACGGUGGUUGCUGCGGGCUUAUUGCAUGACACACUUGAUGAUUCCCAUAUGACAUAUGACGACAUAUGUAGGAAUUUUGGUUCUAGCGUUGCUGAUCUGGUUGAAGGGGUCUCCAAGCUAAGUCAAUUGAGCAAGCUUGCACGGGAGAGUAAUACAGCAAGCAAGACUGCUGAGGCUGAUCGAUUACAUACCACGUUCCUUGCUAUGGCAGAUGCAAGGGCUGUUCUCAUCAAAUUAGCAGAUCGUCUGCAUAAUAUGAUGACACUGGAUGCAUUGCCUCUUGUCAAGCAACAGAGAUUUGCUAAGGAGACACUGGAAAUAUUUGCACCCUUGACCAACCGUCUGGGCAUAUCUAGUUGGAAGGAAGAGCUAGAAAACCUGUGCUUUAAGCAUCUCAACCCUGACCGACACAAGGAACUGUCCUCUCAGCUUUUAGAGUCUUACGAUGAGACGAUAAUUGCUUCUGCCAAAGAGAAGCUUGAGCAAGCUCUUAAGAACCAGUCAAUUUCUUAUCAUGACCUUUAUGGGAGGCACAAAAGUCUGUAUAGCAUUCAUUGCAAGAUGUUGAAAAAAAACCUGACUAUGGAUAAUAUCCAUGAUGUACAUGGCUUGCGACUGAUUGUUGAGAAAAAGGAAGACUGUUACAGAGCUUUAGAAAUUGUUCACCAAUUAUGGUCUGAAAUACCUGGAAAGUUUAAGGACUACAUAACUCAUCCAAAGUUCAAUGGGUAUCAAUCUCUCCACACAGUUGUGAUGCGUGAUGGAAUGAUACCGCUUGAAGUUCAAAUUCGGACAAAAGAAAUGCACCUGCAAGCUGAAUUUGGAUUUGCAGCACAUUGGAGAUACAAAGAAGGCGAGUGCAAGCACUCUUCCUCUGUUCUUCAGAUGGUCGAAUGGGCACGAUGGGUCAUCACCUGGCAUUGUGAGACAAUGAGCAAAGACCAUUCAUCUAUUGGAUAUUCCCACUCCUUCAAGCCUCCAUGCAAGUUCCCUUGUCAUUCUGAUGAUUGUCCAUACUCUUACAAGCCUCACAAUGACCAGAGUGGACCUAUCUUCGUUAUCGUGAUUGAAAAUGAUAAGAUGUCUGUUCAAGAAUACCAAGCGGAUUCUACAAUGAUGGACUUAUUAGAAAGAGCAGGGCGAGGAAGCAUCAGAUGGAUGCCCUAUGGUUUCCCUCUGAAGGAAGAACUGAGGCCGAGGCUGAACCGCCAGCCCAUUGGUGAUCCAACCUGCAAACUGAGGAUGGGGGAUGUAGUGGAACUAACGCCAGCCCUACCCAACAAGUCUUUGACAGAGUACCGGGAAGAAAUCCAGCGCAUGUAUAACCGUGGCCCAACAGUGUCGAGCACAGGUCCUGCUGCUAGUACUGUGGUCGGUUGGACAAACUAACACUCAGCCUGUUGCGCCAACCAAAUGUGAUUUUUAAAUAGUUAUGUAAUUAUGAAUAUGAUAGAUACAUGUACAGAACAAGAUCUGUUUGGUCCUGGGAUGAGAGAAGGAGGACAUAGAUCUGACCAUAUGGAUUCAAAAUUCAAUGAAGUUAUGAAAUGAUUCUUUCUCUAAGAUGAGGACUUCAA